AUGAAUGUGAGAUUGAAUUGUUAUGUUAUCCUGAGAGCAAAUUUGCAUGAUGGAGAUGUACUUAAUAGCGCCCCAGCAAUAGGACUCAAUUUUGGAUCUCUUGGAAGCACAGCCAAUCCAACAACUACAACUGCUCCUUCUGUGGGGUUUGGAACUGGACUGUUUGGUUCAAAAUCUACAACAGGGUUCACUUUAGGUGGCACUAAUACAGGAACAGCAACAACUUUAGGUACAGGAUUAACUCUAGGAACUCCUGCCACUACAUCUGCAACUACAACAGGUUUCAGUUUAGGAUUCAGUAAACCUGCAGCAUCUGCCACACCAUUUGCUUUACCUACUACUUCUACCUCAGCUGGGCCUCUCUCUCUUUCAUCUGCCCUUACAUCAACUCCAGCAGCAGCUUCCACAGGCUUUACUUUAAGUUUGGGUACAACACCUACCACAACUACAACUUCAUCAACGGGGCCUUCUCUAGGGGGGGCCUUAGCUGGUUUGGGAAGCUCUCUUUUCCAGAAUACAAACACAGCAACAUCAGGACUUGGACAGAAUCCUCUGGGCUUAACUUUGGGAACUACUGCAGCUCCUUCAACUACUGCCAAUGAAGGUCUUGGUGGUGUAGAUUUUAGUAGCUCUUCAGAUAAAAAGAGUGAUAAAACAGGAACAAGACCAGAGGAUAGUAAAGCACUGAAGGAUGAAAAUCUACCUCCUGUAAUUUGCCAAGAUGUUGAAAAUCUUCAAAAAUUUGUGAAAGAACAAAAACAAGUUCAAGAGGAAAUUAGUCGAAUGUCUUCUAAAGCAAUGCUUAAAGUCCAAGAGGAUAUUAAAGCGCUAAAACAGCUUCUCUCAUUGGCUGCCAGUGGAUUACAGAGAAAUACUCUCAAUAUUGACAAGUUGAAAAUAGAAACUGCUCAGGAGUUAAAGAAUGCAGAAAUUGCCUUAAGAACACAGAAAACUCCACCUGGACUUCAACAUGAAAAUACAGCCCCCGCAGACUAUUUCAGAAUCUUGGUUGGACAAUUUGAGGUACAACUACAACAAUACAGACAGCAGAUUGAAGAACUAGAAAAUCAUCUUGCUACUCAAGCAAACAAUUCACAUAUAACUCCACAAGAUUUGUCACUGGCUAUGCAGAAAAUUUAUCAAACAUUUGUAGCUUUAGCUGCACAGCUUCAAUCUAUCCAUGAAAAUGUAAAGAUGCUCAAAGAACAAUAUCUUGGUUAUAGAAAAAUGUUCCUGGGAGAUUCUGUGGAUGUUUUUGAGGCAAGACGAGCAGAAGCCAAGAAGUGGCAGAGUGCCCCAAGAGUUACAACUGGUCCUACCCCUUUCAGCAACAUACCAAAUGCAGCAGCCGUUGCCAUGGCUGCAACACUCACACAGCAGCAACAGCCUGCUACAGGGCCACAGCCAUCUCUGGGAGUUAGUUUUGGAGCACCAUUCGGCUCAGGUAUUGGCACUGGCUUGCAGUCAAGUGGCUUAGGUUCUUCAAACCUUGGAGGAUUUGGAACUAGCUCUGGUUUUGGAAGCAACACCACAGGGGCCUCCACAUUUGGAUUUGGAGCAACAAAUAAACCCUCAGGAAGUCUUAGUGCAGGCUUUGGCAGUUCAAGUACAACUGGGUUUAACUUCAGCAAUCCCGGCAUCACAGCAUCAGCUGGCCUGACAUUCGGGGUGUCCAAUCCUGCCUCUGCAGGAUUUGGAACAGGAGGACAACUCCUUCAGCUGAAGAAACCGCCAGCUGGAAACAAAAGAGGAAAGAGAUAAACAUUUGGGUGGGCGGUGUAGUAAAAGCUGCAACCGCUCUGUUCAUUCUACAAAUCUAUUUUUCUAGAAACUGAUGCAACAAUUAAAUUGCAUCCGGGAGAUUUAUAAGGUUUUGAUAUUUUUCCCUACUCUGAAAUUUAAAUUGUAUCCAUACCGGUCAUGAUGAACAGCUAUUUUCUUGUUAAUAUUAACCCACUUGUGUGUUUUUAUUAUUUUAUUUCCUAGCCUUAGAAAUGUUUUGAUGAUAUCACUGAGAAAACUUGUAAAACCAUUUAUUCACCUUAAUGUUAGCAAUGUUUUUGUUAAUAAGUCCUAUGCAUAGAAAUCAAUGCAUAUUUGUUCCUUGUACAUAUAUAAAGUAUAUUCUAGUAUAGAUCUAAAAAAUUCAUAAUUUCUUUGAGAAGGCCUUUUG